UCGGACGGUCGAAUGAUUUCAAUGAUGUUUUUAUUAGUGAUUAAUCAUUAGUUUAGUGGAAAAGUGUUGGAAUUGUCUAACUUGUAUUUAUGAAGUUAACUGACUGCACCUGGGCUCAUUCCCAAUAGUUUGCUUCAAAGUGUUGCGUCGUUCAUUAGGUCGCUCUCUCGCCAUUUUCCGUGCUUUCUUGUGUGAUUUUACAACGAAAUUUAUGGUUUUUUCCUCGUGAAUUUGAAUUAGAGAGUGAUUUUUUACAGAAGAUCUAUUACGAUAGAAGAAUCAAUAAUAAAAGUUUGGGUGUCAAAAAUUAAAGAAAUGUGUUUUACUAGUUGUUUGUCAAAGCUGUUCUGCGGCUCCGGAAAAGAAAGCGAAGAAACCGAACACAAUAGCUAUGCCGUAGAAUCGAAACGACCGUCCAUUGCAUCUGAUAAAUUUCAAAGGGUGACAGAAGACAAAUGUGAAAAUUCAAACUUUUUAAGUGUUGCCAGUGAACCAAAGGCACCGAGAAAAGAUCGCAAAUCCGUUAUUCUAGAUGAAGUUUUAAUGGCAGCCAUGAAAGCAAAUCCAACUAUCAGUUCAAUGCGAAAUGCUUGGGGUGGUGUUCCAGAAGAUGACAUUGAUGUCGAAAUUGUGAGAAAAUGGUUAGACAUCGAUUUGAUUUGAAGUGUUUUGAACAAAAAUUCAGAAUUUUUGAAUGG